UAUGAGUGGCGCGAGCAAGACCCGCUUUCAGUCCUUGAGAGCAAUCGCUCGUUGAAGACGUGAGCUGCCGCCCGUUUUCUUCCUUAAGGAAUAGAACUGUUAACAAUUAGACCGACCACUCUUAAACAGCGACCAAGACGUUUCUGAGCAAUCAUAUCUGUUUUAUUUCUGUUUCCUCUACGUUAGUGUAACGGGUUUUAAUGAUCUGAGUGUUACGAGCAGCUAUUGUUAACUCUCAAACAGAAAAUAUGUUAACGGUUUGAUAUGAAUUAGAGGUACUUUAGUAUAAUCUUCACUGCGACUGGGAUUUAACAUAAUCAUGAUCAUUUGGAAGAAAACAGAACAGGAGCGAGAAGUGUCAAACUUCUUCUUUGGUUUUUUAAUGGUUGUAGUUAAAGAAGUGUUGUCAACUUCCGACUACAGAGCUCCUUUGAUAGAUGUCGAACCUCCCUCGAAGCUGACUUUCCUCAACACUUCGGGAGCGUCACUUCAUUGUUCGGCUUCAGGAAACCCUAUCCCGGAUGUUUACUGGAUUAUAACGGAUGGAACAAAGGUUACCGAUCUACCUGGUCUACGAGUUUCCAUGUCUAACGGUACAUUGUUGUUUCCACCAUUUCAGUCAGAAAAUUACCGGCAAGAUGUUCACUCCACUCUUUACCGCUGUGUGGCGUCUAAUUCUUUGGGGAAAGUUGGAAGCAGGGAUGUCCAAGUCAGAGCAGUGAUCCAUCAGAACUACGAGGUACAAGUCUACAAUGAGUUUGUUACAAGAGGGAACACUGCGAUUCUCAGGUGUUAUAUCCCCAUCUUCAUAAGGGAUUACGUCACUGUGACGACAUGGGAAAGGGAUGACGGGAUUACUAUAGUGUCAAAUGUAGCAAACGGAGGCCGGUUUAGCGUUCUCUCGCACGGAGAGCUUCACAUCCGAAAUACCACAGAUAAAGAUGGUUUCAAAGGAUACUACUGCCGCACUACUCAUACUCUCAAUGGAGAAUCUCACCUAAGUCAAAAUUCAGGAAAACUCAUAAUUACAGAACCACAGACCAAUCAGAUGCCUCGACUUUCAGAAACCAGAACAGUCUACAGUGUUCAGCAGGGAGAACCGGUGGAGCUUACAUGUGCUGCUGCGCAAGCCUACCCACUUCCAACAUACCACUGGUACAAGAAAGAUGGCGCCAAUAUUAUUCCAGUGUUAUUGAAUGGAAAUAUAAUACAAGUAGGUGGCUCCCUCUAUAUUCGAAAGACCAGUGUUCGUGAUGGUGGAACAUAUGUCUGUCUCGUAAAGAAUAACGUUGGACAAAAAAGAAUGGAAACACAUUUAACAGUCACAGUUCCUUUAAGAGCAAAACUCACUCCAGAAAGACUCUUGGUUAACGCUGGAAGGUCUGCUACUGUCACGUGUAACGUGUCAGGAUUUCCUAUAAACACAGUCAAAUGGGUUAAGGAUCAGCGCCCUCUAACACCUGAUGGAAUGAAAUUUCGUCUUCUAACGCGUGACUCGCUUCACGUGUCGUCCGUUGGACGUGAGGAUAAAGGCAUUUACCAAUGUUACGUUAGCAAUAAGGAUGAUUCUGCUCAAGCAGCUCUAGAACUGGUUUUAGAAGAAACUGCUCCAGUGUUAUUGGAAACUUUUAUCGACCAGACCCUGAAACCAGGACCAAGCGUAUCUCUUCACUGUACGGCAACUGGAACUCCACUUCCUCAAGUCACGUGGUCUCUGGAUGGUUAUCCUGUACCAGACAAUGACCGUGUACGCGUAGGAGACUACGUUAGCCGUAGUGGAAGCGUAGUUAGUUUUGUCAAUAUCAGUAAUGUUCAGGUUGAAGAUGGCGGAAGUUAUGAGUGCAUUGCUAGAAACGACGUUGGCAGUAUGCGUCACUUUGCCCGUUUAAAUGUAGUUGGAAACCCAAUAGUGAAACCUAUGCCAGUUAAAGUUAUAGUUUCAGGAGAAAAUGGUGUUCUUCAAUGUCGAGUUGCUGGAUAUCCAAUCGAAAACAUUUUUUGGGAAAAAGAUGGCCGUCUACUUCCAGUUAACCGUCGCCAAAUAGUGUUCCCAAAUGGUACUGUUUUUAUCCAAGAAGUUCAGAAAACAAAAGACGAUGGUGUUUACACGUGCACAGCAACCAGUGACCAAGGAAAUAGAGCCUCUGGUGAUGUAGAAGUGAAAGUAAAAUUGAAACCCGUCGUUUUGCCAUUUAUCUUCCCUGUAAACAUAGAGAAUGGGAUGAAACUGAGUGCAGUAUGUUCUGUAGCUGCAGGGGAUCCGCCAAUUAAUGUGUCCUGGCUCAAAGAUGGUGCUCCCCUGGUAGCGACAAAUGACAUCACAAUUAAGACACUGAGCGAGGACUCUAUGCUCCUGGCUAUUGACAAAGUAGGACUCCAGCACAGUGGUGACUACACCUGUGUAGCUAGCAAUGACGCGGGAGCUGUAAAUCUUACCCGUCCUUUAUCUGUUCACGUACCACCAUCAUGGCGUAUAGAACCCAAAGACGCCAGCGUAAUUGUUGGACACAGCAUCACUCUAGAUUGUCAGGCAGACGGCUUUCCCCCACCUAGGGUUCGUUGGGAAAAAGCAAAAGGAAUAGCUCCUAUUGGUUAUCAUCCUAUCACCACAAGCUACCACUACCAGAUUUUUGAAAACGGUUCCUUAACAAUACAAGAUGUAACUAAAGACGAUGAAGGAUAUUAUUUGUGCCAAGCAACGAACGGAAAUGGUUCAGAAAUGAGCGGAGUUGUGACGUUAAAAGUACAUGUUGCACCCAAAUUUCGCAAGAGGUUCCAGACCCAGAUGAUCCCGAAGAAUAAGUCUGCUACUUUGGACUGUAGUGUGAUAGGUGACCAACCAAUCAAAAUUACUUGGCUGCGAGACAAACAACCAAUUGCAUUUGAUCUCGAACCAAGGGUAAGAAAAAGCGAAGUGACUUCAAGUGGCAUGUUAAAGUCACAAGUGACUGUGACCUCCGUUGGCAGAAGUGACUCAGCUCUUUACACUUGCAUGGCUACUAAUGACUAUGGUUCAGACGAAUCUAACGUACAGCUAAUAGUACAAGAACCACCCGAUCCACCCAGAGAAAUUCACGCUGCAGACACCACGAGCCGCUCUACUAGAAUCCACUGGGAUCCACCGUUUAGUGGGAAUAGUCCUAUUAUUUAUUACACCGUCUACUGGCAGCGAACAAGAAAAAUAACUUCAUCUGAAGCAAACCACAGAGUCCUAUACAACACAACGAUUCCUAGUACAGAUAUCAGUACUCGUGUGAACUUCUUGAAGCCUGCUACAACUUACGAAGUCUAUGUAACAGCAGAAAACGUUAUUGGUGUGAGUGGACCAAGCAAGAAAGUUUCCUUUACAACCGAAGCUGAGACUCCUGCUGGACCACCGCAAUCUAUUAUCAUAGAAAGUGUGACGUCAGAAGCUCUGCGAGUCUCUUGGUUGCCUCCUUUGGAAAGUGUUAGGAACGGAGUUAUUCAAGGCUAUUAUGUGGGAUACAAAAAGACAAACUCCUCUGAAUCCUACCAGUACAAGACUGUCGAAGCAAAAUCUAAUGAAAAUACCCGCAUCAAAUGUGAUCUUCAGGGAUUGAGAAAAUUCACAUUCUACACCGUAGUUGUUCAAGCUUUUAAUGAAAAGGGUGCCGGACCUCGUUCUGACGCCAUCAUCGGAAGAACUUAUGAAGACGUGCCAACAGCGCCACCUGGAAAUGUAAAUUGUGUGCCUGUUACAUCACAAAGCAUUACUGUUACGUGGACGUCACCACCGGAGACAUCCAUCAAUGGGAAGUUAAAAGGAUACAAAGUUUUCUGUAGACCGGCGACAUUAUUUUAUGAAGGUUUGGUCUCUCCGUUUGUUGUGAAAGAUGAUACAACCACGACAACGCUAUACGAUCUAGAGAAGUACACCAACUACAGCCUAGCAGUAGUAGCAUUUACUAGAGAAGGAGAGGGAGUUGCUAGUCAGCCUGUUUAUUGUCGGACUCUAUCAGACGUUCCGAGUGCUCCUGCCGAUAUCAAAGCUAUUCCUAUGUUAUCCAAUGGCAUCCUAGUAUCGUGGAGACGACCGGCUCAACCGAAUGGUGUCAUCCAACAAUAUACUCUGUACAAAAGGUGGUUAUCACAGGGUCGUCAAGACACUAUUUCCAAUCGAGUAGAGCCAUCGGAAACACAUUUUGAAGUCUUGAAUCUCGAAAACAAUAAACGCUACGAAUUCUGGGUAACUGCUUCCACAGUUAUUGGUGAGGGGGAAUCGACACGGGUUUUAUCGCAGAGAACAUCAGAAACGAUACCCGCCAGAAUUGCUUCAUUUCCUGAGCACGUAACAGUUAGCAGCGGAUCAGAAGUCCACCUACCGUGUUUAGCUGUUGGAAUUCCAACUCCGUACAGAGAAUGGACAUUUAGUCUAAUUUCUCUGCAUUUUCUUAUUUCUAACAUAUUUCUAUUAAUUUAUAUAUUACAAACUCCAACAGGCCUUCCUGCUCCAACUGACCUCACAAUUGGCAGAGCUACUUCUUCUAGUAUCCAAAUGUCGUGGAAUAUGGAUCUUCGAUUCAAACCAGCGCUCACAGAGUAUCUGUUGCGGUACAAGAGGGACUUUGGUCAGUGGGAAAUACAGAAGAUUCCACCUUCGGCUACCAGUUUUACCUUAAACAAUUUGAGCUGUGGAACAAGAUAUUUUAUUCAGUUAGUUGCAAUUGGGAUGGAGGGCGAAGGGAAUCCCAGCAAUGUCUUGUCUACCCGCACCGAAGGAGGAGCCCCUAGUCCUCCAUCUCGUGAAAUCUUCAUUGUUUCCAAUUCUACCUAUGUUACUCUACACAUGAAUGCUUGGGACAGUGGCGGAUGUCCAAUCACAUCGUUCAUUAUUCGAUACAAACGUAUUUAUACAAAUGACUGGAAGAUGACCACCACGGAUAUAGGACGACAUCUUGAUCAUGUAACACUACAGGAACUAACACCAGGAACGUGGUACAAUCUGCGUAUAACAGCUCAUAACAGCGCUGGCUCCUCUGUAAAAGAAUAUAGCUUUUCAACUUUAACUUCAGAUGGAGCAACAAUAGCACCAGUGGCCAUUGGAGGCUACCUGCGACCUGACAAGCCUUGGGAGGAAUUGAAUAUUAUUAUUCCCAUCGUUGCAGCUGCUAUUGCUUUAACCGUUGUCUUGGGCGUGGCUAUUUGUGUUUGUGUCAAAAGAAGACAAUCAGACGAAAUGUAUGAGAGAAAUAGACUAAAUUCUCGAGCUCCAGUCAUGAUGCUUCGCGGCAGUCAGAAAAAAGUUCAGGACCAAGUCCAGUACCAGGAGGUUGCCACUUAUCAGCGAGCGCCGAAAAUUCAGAGAUCAGCUCGUAAUGAACCAGCAUUAGAACGUGAUCAAGUUUUGCCUCUACCAGACGAUCAUGACCAUUCUACCGGUUACGAAGACGAUCUUGCACCGUACGCCACCUUCCGGCUACCGGGGUGUGAUUCAGAUACCGAGAGCUCUCAGGGUACAGUUCGAGAACUCCAAACAUUUGGAAACCAAUACCAACAAUCUUUUGUUGAUCCCCCGGCUCAGUACGACGUUCUCUUUCACGUUGGUUUGAAAAACGAUAUGUUGUAUUAUUUCUAUUUUUUUUUCGAGAAUAGUACUUUAGCUUUAACUACUUUCUAGUUAUUCAAAAAUAGUAUUUUUCUUGUAUUAGCUAAUAAAUUAAUUUUUCUUAGUAAAACUACCUGUAGACAUGAUCAAAUUCGUAUAGCAUAAAACAAGUACACUAUUCCUAAGGCUGGUAAGGUUGUGAAAUAGUAAAUUUGGAUUUAUUUUUGUGUUUAAUCUUUGUUUUAAUUAAUAAUUUAUUAUCGGUAAUUGCUCAACGAAAGUAAAAUCAUAACCAAAUAAACUAGUGACGUCCUUUCAUAAUAUGACGGUGAUAUUAGGGUUGAGGCUGUACUUACAAUUUACAACCGAUUUAAGAUCAUUUUUGUUUUACCUUAUUACGUUUAAAGCUUCACGUGUUCAAUUGGAGUGUGGGCUGGCUUUGUAGUAGAACUCUGGAUUUCAAAACUGGCAAACAGAGUUCGAAUCCAUGCGAUACCACAAAAUAUUUCCCAAACUUUAGGCUGUGGGUGCGUUAUAAGAGAGACAGGCGGUCCUCUAGUGUAGAUGCUGUUGACUGACUACCUUCCCUCUGAUAAGUAGUUCAAUUAUUGACGGGAAACAGGUAGCUUUAGUAUCUUUGUACUAAAUUUAUUAUUGAAAUACAAAUGCCUAAAAGAAUAUUUUAAUAUUCAUGAACAGAAAAUCGAAAAAGAUUGUAACAAAAACGUUUUACUUACGAGAAAACGUGAAGAAUAAAAGAAACAAAUGAAGUGUACAUUUUGUCAGCAAGUAACUAAAAUGUUUACAUUUUCUAAACUUUUGGAGCAAAUAUACCUCCUUCAGAUCUUUCAACCAAAUAUAAUUUUGUAGCUUUAAUAGAGUAUAUUUUGUCAGCAAGUAACUAAA